AUGGCUGUACUUCCUUCCCCGGACGCUGGCCCUAGCAAAGUCCGGGCUUAUUUGCUUGAUCUCCUAAUUCAAGAACACGAGGCACCCCCCGAACUCGCCCAAACCUCUGCCGAUAAGUGGGUGCUAGGCCGCGGGAGCCACCUGCGGCAGGGAUCCCAGAUGCAAUUCAGAGAGCUCUUCGGGGACUUAGUGGGUCCGUAUCUGCACCAAGACGUGAAGAGAGAUGUGGAGGCCGAACGGUGGUCGUCCUCCGCUUGGAAACGCAGCUACUGGACCACGGUCACCGCCAGCGUUGUUACCGUAUUCUUCUUGAUUAAGGCGUAUUUCUCUCGAUCGCAGGCGCAGACAAUGGAUAACCUGAGGUAUGCGAUGGUGGUGUUUGGGCCGGCCAUGCUCUUCUGUUCAUAUGGAUCGCCGAACGAUGAGAUUGGGAUACUAGCGGGUACAGCAGGGUUUUUCCUGUCGGUUGGGGCGAUUAUGUUGUUCUUUGCCAGGCAGGAAUUUAGUACCAGUGAGUACGUAUAG